AUGUCCGGACUGAAAUUGAAACAAAAACGAUCGAAAAUUGAGGCAUUCGAGGAAGAAGGUAAAAUUUACGCCGAAAAAUCGAUAAUAAUCGUAUUUUUAGAAGAGGUAGACGAAAUUCCGGUGAAACAAUAUUUUUCGGAUCCUAAAAAUGUGCCAGGAACGUCGACGAAAACAUCGGAGAAUGAGCCAGCCGAUAAUGCGCUUGGUAAAAUUUUUUGGAUGGUUCUGAAUUUUUUAGAGUUAAAAAAAUUGAAGCACAACUGGAAUACGAACUGCAACAGCCACAAUUGAAUGUGCACGAAAUCGGACGAAUCAUCACCGAGGGAAUGAUGGAAAAGCAGCUGAGCGACGAGUCUCUCGGCGAAUUGGCCCGCAAACUGGCGAAAUCCAUUCAGGGAAUUCCGAAUAUCGACGUUUGGAAUCUGGCCGACGAGCUCAGCAAGGGAGUGCUCGACAGUCGGCUUGUCGUCAUUGGAAACGCGUUUUUGGUGAAUUUUUGCGAAAAAAUUAGUUUUACAUCCUAAAAAUCGCCAAUUUUGCAGUGGAACCUGCUGAAGACGAGUGUGUCGGCCGUUCGCGACAAAUUCGAGCAAUACCACCACAAAGUGAGCAGAAUCUCGUCGAAUGCGACGACGAGCACAAAAGUGGACUUUGUUUCGUCGCGGGUCCAACCGGGCGAGCACCUAGUCCCCGAGGGCCGGUUUUUCCGCAAAACGGACCUUUUGGACGUCUUCCAUCAAGUUGUGUUCCGAAAAACUGGAGAUGUGUUCAACAAGAGCAAACAAUUCAUAAGGGCCUAUUUGGUCAGGGUACGUCGCCUUUUUCGAAGGGAUAAUGGGAAGAAAUGGGCUGGAAAUGACUUUCUGUGUGUUUUCUUGCAAACAAUUCCAGAAACUUGUAAACUUUUUAAUAUUUUUUUCAGGCCACAACGCCUCGAUGCGCAGUUUGGCACUUUAGCCUCCGUCAGAGUGGAACGUCGCACAAAAAAAUACUGCAGGAUAUUCCGCAUCACGUACUUGACACUCUUUUGCGUACGUUUUCCGGAAAGAAAACCGACUUUUGACCCACUUGGAAUCAUUCAAUCUAGCUCAAACUUUACAGGCUUCUUGUACUUGGAUGGAAGUAUAUUAGGUCCAAAUUUCAGAUCGAUCCGAUAAUCUGGUCCCGAGAUAUGUGAAUCGGAGGACGAAAAGACCGUAUAUCUCGGGGCCAGAUGUUCGGAUCGGUCUGAAACGCGGACCCAUUAUACUUCAAUCCAAACCCGAAAAGCGUGCAAAGUUUGGUCCCGAUCGGAUCAUUAAAAGUGAUCCACAAAAACAUUGCAGAUUUCCUACUUUCGCUGUGCGGACUGGGUGACCGUGAGCUGGCGUUGAAUUUCGAAGAGCUCAACGUGCGGACUCGUUUUUUCGGCACUCUGGGCGAGAACGACGAGGCGAGACAGACGGAAUUCGAGCAUUUGAAGACGACGCGCGAAAACAUGAUCGCCAGAUUCCGCACUUGCGUCACCGACGUUUUGUAGGCGAUUUUCUCGGCGAAACUUGAACGUUUUUUCUCGAUUUUUCAGAAACGAAAUUCGCGAAAUGCCCUACAAUUAUGCGAGUCAAGAGUUGCUACCACCGCCGGUAAUUUUUAAAACCAUUUUCUCGAAAAACUCUGUAAACGUGUCAAUUUUCAGCGCGGAAAGCGAGUGGAUCACCAGCAAUGCGUGACGUGGCGCCAAUACGAGACACUCGUGAAAAAGUGCGAAUCGAACCCGUCGAAGGAGAAUUUGGAGGCAAAACAAGAGCUCGAGUGAGAAGAAGCGCAUGUUUUAGUGUAAAAUUGGAACACAUUUCAGCUAUCAACUGCGAUUCACCUACGAAAUGGAUAUUGAAAUUGAAGAUGGCAUCGAUAAAUAG